GAAGCGGAAGUGGGGCCCUGGGAGCGUUAACGUUGGGAACGAAGUCGAACCUGGAUCUGGAGCCGGGUGAUACGGCAUUGGGGAUGCUCUCAUAAUGAACGUCAACCAGUCAGCCCCUCCUGUGCCGCCUUUCGGGCAGCCGCAGCCCAUUUAUCCAGGCUAUCAUCAACCCAGCUACGGGCAGCCCAUAGCUGCUCCUCCCCCUCCCCCUCCUUCCUAUGGCGCCUUCAAUGGCCCCAUCUCGGGCUAUCAGCAAACACCUCUCCCAGGUGUGUCGAGGGCCCCACCUGACUCGGGACAGCCUCCAACCUCGACCACACAGGUCCCUGGCGGCCAGGCUGCCUAUGCGCGGUUCAGCCAAGAAGAUGUGCAGAAUGGACCGAGCUCCACAGUGCCCAUGCAGAGGAUUCCCGGCUCGCAGCCUUUUGGGACCCCUCUGCCUACCCAGCCCGCUGUGCUUCAGCCCUCUGGGCAGCUCCCAGCCAGUGCCCAGAUGACCGCUCAGCUGGCCGGGAUGCAGAUUGGUGGCACUGUGGGCCAGGCCCUACCCCCCUUAGGACUGGGCUUUGGCCCACCAGCAUCUCUGGCCUCCUCCUCAGGGAGUCUCCCCAGCUCUGGCAUCUAUGGCUCAUACCCACAGGCCCACCCACCAUCAGCCCCACCACAGGCACCUGGCUUCACCUUGUCUGCUGCAGGGGCCCCUCGGCUGCCGUCCAUGCCUGGCCCUCUCCUGCCUGGGCAGGGCUUUGGAGCACCCCCAGUGAGCCAGCCCAACCAUGUCUCCCCACCACCUCCACAAGCUCCGCCUUCCGGGACUCAGCUAAGUGGGACCCCUGGCCCCCCACCGUCGGCUCACGCCCAGCAGCCAGGCUACCAGCUGCAGCAGAAUGGUUCCUUUGGGCCAGCUCGGGGCCCUCAGCCCAAUUAUGGGGGUCCCUACCUGGGCACCUCUAUGGUUGGCAGUCAGCCUGGGCCUGCACAGCCGCUGCCUCCCAAGCGCCUGGACCCUGAUGCAAUCCCAAGCCCGCCAUUCAGUGAGCUGCCUCCUCAGCAGAAAACCAGGCACAGAAUAGACCCUGAUGCCAUUCCUAGCCCAAUUCAAGUCAUCGAGGAUGAUAGAAACAAUCGGGGAUCAGAGCCAUUUGUUACUGGAGUUCGGGGGCAGGUGCCCCCCUUAGUCACCACCAACUUCCUGGUAAAAGACCAAGGGAAUGCGAGUCCCCGGUACAUCCGGUGCACAUCCUACAACAUCCCCUGCACAUCAGACAUGGCCAAGCAGGCUCAGGUACCACUGGCAGCUGUCAUCAAGCCACUGGCAAGGCUGCCCCCUGAGGAGCCUUCGCCAUACAUCGUUGACCAUGGAGACUCAGGUCCUCUGCGCUGCAACCGCUGCAAAGCAUACAUGUGUCCUUUUAUGCAGUUCAUUGAGGGUGGGAAGCGCUUCCAGUGUUGCUUCUGCAGCUGCGUCAACGAUGUUCCCCAUCAGUAUUUCCAACACCUGGACCACACUGGAAAACGUGUGGAUGCUUAUGACCGUCCAGAGUUAUCCCUGGGCUCUUACGAGUUCUUGGCUACUGUAGAUUACUGCAAGAAUAACAAGUUCCCCAGCGCCCCGGCCUUCAUCUUCAUGAUUGACGUCUCCUACAAUGCCGUCCGCAGUGGCCUCGUCAGGCUCCUGUGUGAGGAGCUCAAAUCCCUGUUGGACUUUCUGCCCAGAGAUGGCGGUGCAGAAGAGUCGGCAAUCCGCGUGGGCUUUGUCACCUACAACAAGGUGCUCCAUUUCUACAAUGUUAAGAGUUCACUAGCCCAGCCGCAGAUGUUGGUGGUGUCUGACGUUGGGGACAUGUUUGUGCCGCUGCUGGAUGGCUUCCUGGUCAACGUUAACGAGUCCCGGGCAGUCAUCACCAGCUUAUUGGAUCAGAUCCCAGAAAUGUUUGCAGACACAAGGGAGACGGAGACAGUGUUUGCCCCUGUGAUCCAGGCUGGGAUGGAGGCUUUGAAGGCUGCCGAGUGCUCGGGGAAGCUCUUUCUCUUCCACACCUCCCUGCCAGUUGCCGAGGCCCCAGGAAAGCUGAAAAAUAGAGAUGACAGGAAGCUGAUCAACACGGACAAGGAGAAGACGCUGUUUCAGCCGCAGACAGGUGCCUAUCAGAACCUGGCCAGAGAGUGUGUGGCCCAAGGCUGCUGUGUUGACCUCUUCCUCUUCCCUAACCAGUAUGUGGACGUGGCUACACUGUCUGUGGUGCCCCAGCUCACUGGGGGCUCCAUCUACAAGUACUCUUGCUUCCAGGUGGAGAAUGACCAGGAUCGGUUCCUGAGCGACUUGCGUUGGGAUGUACAAAAAGUCGUUGGAUUUGAUGCAGUAAUGCGGGUCCGGACGAGCACUGGUAUCCGUGCUGUGGACUUCUUCGGUGCAUUCUACAUGAGCAAUACGACGGAUGUGGAGCUGGCUGGGCUGGACGGGGACAAGACGGUGACCGUGGAGUUCAGACAUGAUGACCGGCUAAAUGAGGAGAGCGGCGCACUGUUGCAGUGUGCCCUGCUCUAUACCAGCUGUGCAGGCCAGCGGCGGCUCCGCAUCCACAACCUGGCCCUGAAUUGCUGCACGCAGCUGGCUGACCUGUACCGUAACUGCGAGACAGACACACUCAUCAACUACAUGGCCAAGUUCGCAUACCGGGGAGUCCUGAGCAGCCCCGUGAAGUCAGUCCGUGAUCUGCUCAUCGCGCAGUGUGCUCAGAUCCUGGCCUGCUACAGAAAGAACUGCGCCAGCCCCUCCUCAGCGGGACAGCUUAUCCUGCCUGAGUGCAUGAAGCUGUUGCCCGUGUAUCUGAACUGUGUGCUGAAGAGUGAUGUCCUGCAGCCUGGUGCCUUGGUCACCACUGAUGACCGCGCCUACAUCCGCCAGCUUGUCACCUCCAUGGAUGUGGCCGAGACCAAUGUCUUCUUCUAUCCCCGGCUCCUGCCUCUGACAAAGUCUCCCAUUGAGAGCACCACUGAGCCUCCCGCUGUUCGAGCUUCAGAAGAACGCCUGAGCACUGGGGACAUAUAUUUGCUGGAGAAUGGACUCAACCUCUUCCUCUGGGUGGGAGCCAGUGUCCAGCAGGGCGUGGUCCAGAGCCUCUUCAGUGUCUCCUCCUUCAGCCAGAUCACCAGUGGCUUGAGUGUUCUGCCGGACCUGGACAAUCCACUGUCCAAGAAGGUGCGAGGCCUCAUCAACAGCUUAAGGGCGCAGAGAUCACGUUACAUGAAGCUCAUCGUGGUGAAGCAGGAAGACAAGCUGGAGGUGCUCUUCAAGCACUUCCUGGUGGAAGACAAGAGCCUGCACGGAGGCGCAUCCUAUGUGGACUUCCUGUGCCACAUGCACAAAGAGAUUCGGCAGCUGCUGAGCUAGAGCAAGGGGACAUCAUAGGGGCCUGGGCCUGCUCCUAGGAAGUGAACCCAGGAUAGCAGGGACGCUGGGACCCUUUGUUACCCUCUAAGUCAUGUAAGCUGACCUCAGUCUCUUGGGGGGGGGGUGGGGAGGUUGAAGGAGAAGCCUUCUUUCGGGGCUCGAGCACCCCCUCCCCCACUGUCUUGUUCUGCUGACGGCAGGUGCCCGGCCCUCCACUCUGCCCUCUUCUCCCAAUAACCCUGUCAUAAUGAAUGUAGUUUCUCAGUUCACUGUAUGAUUUGGAGUUGGGGUGCUUGGACCCUGGCAGCAGCCUGUGCCCCUCUGGACCAGCCUCGGAGUGGGGUAGGCAGGAAGGAGUGGGGAAUUCAGGGUGAUUGGGGGCUUGGAGGGGUGGUGGGGCUGAUUCAGCUCACUGUCAUCAACAACUUCCUAUAUU